AUGCACCUGCCUGAGCAUCCACUGUGCACCUGCACCACCUGCACCUGGGGCAUCCACUGUGUGCCGCACCCGCGCACCUGCACCCGCACGCACCUGCGCCUGGGCGUCACUUAUGCGCCUGCGCCGCAGGCAUCGCGACCGCAUAACGCCUGGGCGUCCGCUGUGCGCAUCACCGCAGACGUCCGCCUGUGCGCCUGCACCCACGCACCCUGCCGACCUGAGCAUCCACUAUGCGCCUGCUGCACACCUGCCACCUGCCCGUCCGCCUGUGCACGCAUGCACCAGCACCCUGAGCAUCCACUCUUGCCCUGCUGGCGACAUCCCUGCACCUGCACCUGCCUGGGCGUCCACUGUGCGCCUGCGCAGGCAUCCUAUGCGCCUGCACGCACGCCUGCGACCACAGGCAUCCACUCUGCCCCUGCGCCACGCACCUGCACCCGCACCUUGCAGGCCUGA